AUGUCGCGUUUGGACCGUCUCGUGGUGCUUUUGGAAACGGGGUCCACGCCGUAUAUCCGGAACACUGCCGCAGACCAGCUAUCAGACUUGGCCAAGGGCCAUCCGGAAGAGAUCAUCAGUCUUUUGGGUAGAGUUUACCCUUUUUUGAAAGCAGACAAGUGGGAAACGAGAAUUGCCGCCGCUAAGGCGUUUGGCGGUAUUGUGGGCCAUGCUCCAGAAUGGGAUCCAAACUCUGAAGAGGCCAUUGAAAAGGAGAAGCAAUUGCAGCACAUUGAAGAUGCCAACACGGCGACGCGAAGUACAGAAACAGAGGUGAAGCUCGAGCAGGACGAGGAAUUGAAGAAACUAGAUGAAAAUUUGCUGACUUUGGUGAAAUUUGAGUCCUGGAACUUGCACGAGCUUCUAAAGUCUGGUAAGAAGCUUCUUGCUUCUGGUGGAGCUGAGUUUGAGCCUAAGAAACCGGCAGUUGAUAAGAACGACGAGACGUUGCUUAAUAAGCUAAAGCAGCAUAAGAGUUUGGUUAAGGAGGAAGAGGCUGACCCUUCGAAAGUGUCUGACGUUUCUUCUCCUCAGAUCAAGACAGAGGUUAAAGACGAAGUGAAAUGUCAAUCUCAGUCUCCUCCUCCAAGCGAUUCUGGCAAAUCGGCUGCUGCCAGUGCACGUCUUAAAGCAAUGCAGAAACGGAGAGCCAAGGCUAAUGCCAAAUCUGUGGUCAACAAGAACGCCCCAGUAGACUUAUCCCAAUCUUCCAUUUCCCGUAAACUCGUUGAGCAUGGCGAAGUUGACGGUAACGUUAAAACAGAAGAUUCUCCACAAUACGAUAUGACCUCCCAGCAAGGCGGCUCCAAGUUGGUCAUGGAAAGCAAAGCACCUGAACUUUCACCAUUAUUAUCACAGCAUGCUAAGGUCGUUGGCCUUGUAUGGCAGUUUCAAGGUGUUUAUGAAUUGCUUCUACACGACUUGUUUGAUGAAAAAUGGGAAGUCAGACACGGUUCUGCCUUGGGUCUUCGUGAGCUUGUUAGAGUCCACGGUAAAGGUGCCGGUAGAGUGAUGAGAAAGUCUAGGGCUGAAAACGACGCUAAUAAUGCUGCUACCUUGGAAGACCUUUCCGUUAGACUUUGCACUCUUUUUGCACUCGAUAGAUUUGCUGACUUUGUUAACGAUACUGUUGUCGCUCCAGUAAGAGAAUCUGGCGCUCAGACAUUGGCAGCUCUUUUACUUCAUCUAGAUGAUAGGUCCAUCGUUGAGACCUUCCAUUGCCUUAAAUCUUUGGUGUUCCAAGAAACGCUAGCUAAGCAUGGUGGUAUGCUCGGUGUGAGAUACUUUGUAAGUGUCAGAACAGAUGUGCUUCUUCUGAAACCAGAGCUUUUAGAUCUGGUGGUUUCCAUGGUUUUGCAUUGUCUUAAAGAAAGUGAAGAUGACGUUCAGUCUGUUGCUGCAUUGACCUUGGCUCCAAUCGCUAGUGAGUUUGUCAAACAAGGUACUGCUGUUAUAAAGUCUCUUUUAGACGUGGUUUGGGAAUGUCUUUCUAACUUCGAAGACGACUUAUCUGCAUCCAUUGGUUCGGUUAUGGACCUCUUAUCGAAGUUAUGUACCCAUCGUGAGGUGAUCGAGAUAAUGCAAUCGGAAGCUGCUGCUAAUCCAGAGAAUUCGUUCGACAAUUUGCUACCCAAGCUUUAUCCCUUUCUCAGACAUUCCAUCACGAACGUUAGAAAAGCAACUCUUACGACGCUUUUGGAGUUCUUAUCCAUCGAAGACCAAUCCACGAAACUUUGGAUCACUCCUAGGUCUAUGCGCUUGAUCCUUCAAAACCUUCUCGUGGAGCAAAACACAGAGGUUUUAAAACUUUCUGAAACAGUGUACCACAAAAUGUUGAACGAGAUCCGCAAUAAUUCAUACCUAGAAAAGGUGGAUACUUACAUCGCCCCACACUUGCAUUCCAUUUUAGCAUUGCUCAUGACGCCGAUCGGUAUUGCUAGACACAACUACCAUUUGAACACAAGUCUCAUUAUCAAACCAUCUGGCGCUACUUUUGAACCAAACCCACGCAGAGAUUCUCCAUCUGAAUCUGACAUUUUUGAGCCUCCCACCAAUGGCGAUGUUGCUCCUACUCCUCCACCAAAGAGAGGACGCAAGAGAAAGACCGAAGAAAAACCAAAGACCAUCGCUCCAACUUCCGACGAACUUAAAAUUAAUAUCGAUGCUCCAGUCCAUAAUGGUGAUGUGAUGUUUGUUGGAUUUGACACAUUUAUCGCUACCAGAACUGCGUUAGCCAAGGCUCUUGGGUCUACCAUUGCACUCAUUGAAGGUGAUGACCUUUUGAAGAAGACAUAUGAUAGUCUUCUCAUCUAUACAAACUCUCCACAUGCUACGCCACGCCUUUUCAGUGCCAUUGUUCUUGAAGAAUACGCUAAUGCUUUGACUGCUAUGGAUAAGAAGCCUCCAGCUGAAACGGCAGAGAAGUUUUCUUCUACAUUGUUGGAAACACUCACUACGCCAGACAAACUUCCAUUCUUUCGUGAACUCGUGCCAAAGCUCAAGAGUGUUCGUACUUCUUGUCUUCAGCUUUUUGAUGUCUUUGUCACCCAUGGAAAGCUUUCUUCGAGCAAGAUUCCUCAGUUGCCUGUCGUUGUGCAAGGCGAGAACGGCUCUGGACCAGGUGCUUUUGGUAUAGAAAGUGCAGAAAAGCUUGUCGACGAGACAUAUCCAAAGCUCGUGAAGGCUUUGUCUUCAUCCUACAAGAUCCAAGCCAACCUGGCAUUGGAGGACUCAAAGCACCGUAUUCAUGUUGCAUUGGGUGAAGCUAAGCUUGCCCUCAGCCAGAGAACCACCAGCAUCAUGGCUGCUUAUGCUGCUGCCAUUCUUGCCUUGACUGGCGUGCCCAAGAAGCUUAAUCCAAUCAUCAGAUCUCUUAUGGAUAGUGCUAAGCAAGAGGAAACCGAACUCUUGCAGAAGAGAUCUGCUAUUUCCAUUGCUGCCCUCAUUGAUCAGCUCAAGAAAAACAACAAGGUGGGUGCUGCCGACAAGAUCUUGAAGAACCUUUGUUCCUUCCUUUGUGUCGACACGUCUGAAGUGCCUGAGUUUGUUCAUAAUUCUGAUUUCAAGGAUGCUAUUCUCUCAUUGAGAAAGGAAGAAGCAAAGACGGAUCCUGCUGAUAUUGCUGCUCAUGAGAAGGCUGUGCAUGAAGCAAGAAUCAAGAGAAAUGGUGCUUUGCUUGCAUUGGAUGAGGUUAUCAACAUUUAUAAGGAGGAGGUGUUCACUCAACUUCCAAAGUUCAAGGAGAUUCUCUUUGGUAGCCUUGGAUCAAUGGAAACUGUUUCUUCGGAUGACAUGUCGAAGGACAAUGCCUUGGGACAAAGUAUUGUUGAUGCUUUGGGUGUAAUGAGAGCAGUUCUUCCUAAAUUGAGCUCCACUCUUUAUCCUGAGAUCGCUGAACAGAUGCCUCGUUUGCUUGCUGGCUUAAAGUAUGAAUUGAGUGUGUUCCGGUACUCAUCAGCAAAAUGUUUUGCAACCAUUUGUUCUGUCAUGCCCGCAAAGGCUUUCCCAUUCUUGGUUCGCAACAUCAUUCCUAUGCUUAAUAACGCUGGUAACUUCCGUGAGCGUCAGGGUGCUACUGAGGCGAUUUACCAUGUUUCCAAUGCCAUGGGUGCUAACAUUCUUCCAUAUAUUGUGUUCCUUAUUGUGCCUGUUUUGGGUAGAAUGAGUGAUUCUGAUCAUGAUGUUAGAAUCUUAGCAAGUACUACUUUCGCCUCCAUCAUCAAGCUCGUUCCUUUGGAAGCUGGUAUCCCUGAUCCUCCAGAUAUGCCUCAAGAUCUCUUGGAAGGUAGAGACAGGGAGAGAGAGUUUAUCCUGCAAAUGAUGGAUCCAACCAAGAUCAAGCCUUUCGAGCUUCCUGUUGCUAUCAAAGCCACUUUGCGUAAGUACCAGCAAGAAGGUGUGAACUGGUUGGCUUUCUUGAACAAAUACCACCUUCACGGUAUUUUGUGUGACGAUAUGGGUCUUGGUAAGACGUUGCAAACCAUUUGUAUCAUUGCUUCUGACCACCACAUGAGAGCUGAAAAGUUUAAGGAAACUGGCGCUGAUGAGUUUAGAAGAUUGCCAACUUUGGUUGUUUGUCCUCCCUCGUUGACUGGUCACUGGGAGCAAGAAAUGAACCAGUAUGCUGAGUUUAUGAAGGUUGUUGUUUACGCUGGAGGUCCAUCGGUUAGAUCUAACCUUCGUGCCCAGAUUCCUUCUGCUGAUAUUGUCGUGACUUCCUACGAUGUUUGUCGUAACGAUAUUGAGGUUAUUGCUGGUCACUCAUACAACUACUGUGUUUUGGAUGAGGGUCAUAUCAUCAAGAACUCUGCUUCGAAGUUGACGAAGUCUGUAAAGAGAAUCAACGCUGAACAUAGACUUAUCUUGUCUGGUACGCCUAUCCAGAACAAUGUCCUUGAAUUGUGGUCAUUGUUUGACUUUUUGAUGCCUGGAUUUUUGGGUGUGGAAAAGGUGUUUAUUGAGAAGUUCGCCAAGCCAAUUGCCGCUAGCAGAAACAGUAAGACUUCUUCAAAGGAACAGGAGGCUGGUGCGUUGGCCUUGGAAUCUCUUCACAGACAAGUGCUUCCAUUUAUGCUUCGUCGUUUGAAGGAGGAGGUGUUAUCCGACUUGCCACCAAAGAUUAUUCAAGAUUACUACUGUGAGCUUUCCGAUUUACAGAAGAAGCUUUAUAAGGAGUUUGCAAAGAAGCAGAAGUCUGUUGUUAAAGAUGAAGUUACGAACGACGAGCCUGCUGAGCCAUCCACUGAACCACCAAAGACGCAUAUCUUCCAAGCUUUGCAGUACAUGAGAAAGUUGUGCAACCACCCUGCUUUAGUUAUCACUCAGAACCAUCCACAGGCCGCAGAGGUUGCUAGCUAUUUGGCAAGCAAGAAGUCUGAUCUUAGAAGUAUCGAGCAUGCACCUAAGUUGAAGUCGUUGAAGAACCUUUUGCUUGAGUGUGGUAUUGGUGUGGGAGACAGUGAAUACUUCAGUUCGAAAGCCAAGAGCAAGCAGAAACAGCAGCAACAGCAGCAGCAGCUUGUGAGUUCAGAGGGAGUGAUCUCUGAACACAGAGCUCUUAUUUUCUGUCAGCUCAAGGAUAUGGUGGAUAUUGUUGAAGAAGAGUUGUUCAAGAAGCACAUGCCAUCUGUGACGUACAUGAGACUUGAUGGUCGUACAGACCCCAGAGAAAGACAGGCGAUUGUCAGAAAGUUCAACGAAGACCCUUCCAUUGAUGUUUUGCUCUUGACAACCAAGGUCGGUGGUUUGGGUCUCAACUUGACCGGUGCAGACACAGUUAUCUUUGUUGAGCACGACUGGAACCCUAUGAACGAUCUCCAAGCAAUGGACAGAGCGCAUCGUCUUGGACAGAAGAAGGUUGUUAACGUUUACCGUUUGAUCACCAAGGCUACUUUAGAAGAGAAGAUCAUGGGUCUACAGAAAUUCAAGAUGAAUAUCGCAUCUACAAUUGUCAACCAGCAGAACGCCGGUCUUUCGCUGAUGGAUACCAACCAGCUCUUAGACUUAUUCGAUGUUGACGAACAAGCCACCAAGAUUGAAAACGGUGGAGACGAGAAGAAGGACAAGAAGGUGCCCGACGAGUUGAUUGGCGGCGGCAUCCCCUCUGAAGCAGUUGGCGAGCUCACGCAGCUCUGGGACGAGUCCCAAUAUGAAGACGAAUACAACCUCGACAAUUUCAUCAAGACGCUUAAAUAA